AUGAGAAGAGCGUCUGUGAGGCUGUCAGUCACAUCGCAGCGAGUGACAUGGCUGGUGCUAAUCCAAGAAAAGCCACGAAGGGAUUCCAGAAAAUGCAUGGAGAAUGCACAGAAUGGACGCAGAUUCUAUCGUCCCAUCAAGCUUCUGGAAGCCAUUCGCAGAAGACACAAGCAAGAAUCGCUCAGGCUGAGCCUCAGGGAAAUGAAGCAGGGUUGUGUGCAGCUGCUGGGCUGCACGACACAGGUGCACGUCGGCGGCAGGACGACAGGGUCACUGCAGAGCCUGGCACGGGCACACACCGCUGUGAGUCAUGGACGGUCCAACAUGACUUCCACAGACUUCACCUUUGUGGGGCUAUGCAGUGAGGAAACCUCAGGCCUGCUCUUCACCAUCAUCUCCAUCAUUUUCCUCUCCGCACUGACAGCCAAUGGGAUCAUGAUCCUCCUGAUCCACACUGACCCCCGCCUCCACACCCCCAUGUACUUCCUGCUCAGCCACCUGUCCUUCAUUGACAUGAUGUACAUCUCCACUAUUGUGCCAAAGAUGCUGGUAGACCACCUGCGUGGCCAGAGGGCCAUCUCCUUUGUGGGGUGCACAGCCCAGCACUUCCUCUACCUCACCCUUGUCGGGGCCGAGUUCUUCCUGCUGGGGCUCAUGGCCUAUGACCGCUAUGUCGCCAUCUGCAACCCGCUGAGAUACCCUGUCCUCCUGAGCCGCCGGGUCUGCUGGAUGAUCAUAGCGGGCUCCUGGUUUGGGGGCUCCCUGGAUGGCUUCCUCCUCACGCCUAUCACCAUGAGCUUUCCCUUCUGCAGAUCCCGGGAGAUCAAUCAUUUCUUCUGUGAGGCGCCUGCAGUCCUGAAGCUGGUAUGCGCAGACACAGCCCUCUAUGAAACCGUCAUGUACGCCUGCUGCGUUUUGAUGCUGCUGAUCCCGUUCUCUGUGGUUAUUGCUUCCUAUGCCCGCAUACUGACUACGGUACACCGCAUGAGCUCGGUGGAGGGGAGGAAGAAGGCGUUUGCCACCUGCUCGUCCCACAUGAUGGUGGUCACACUGUUCUACGGGGCCGCCAUGUACACCUACAUGCUGCCUCGCUCUUACCACACCCCGGCCCAGGACAAGGUGCUGUCUGCCUUCUACACCAUCCUCACCCCGCUGCUGAACCCCCUCAUCUACAGCCUGCGGAACAAGGAUGUGAUGGGAGCCCUGCAGCGGGCACUGGGUAGAGUCAAAGGCUCUCAAAGAGUGGCAGGAGGCAACUUCUGA